AUGGAGUUGUACCUCAGCGCCUGCUCCAAGGCUGCCAAUGUUGCUGCCACCAAGACAGCCACCAGCAGCCUGGCAACUGACACCCAGCAGUGUGGAGAUGGUGCGCACAAAACCCACUUUCCAGGGAUCGGAGCGGCUCAACUACUGGAUCUGCCUCUUGGGGUUAAGCUGCCUAUGAUCCCAGGAAGCAGUGCUUUAUACUACACUACAAAGUUAAGUGAAAAGCUUUUUCGACCUUCUUAUGGUUUUAACCUGACUGAUCCUUAUUGUCGACUUUUGGAAAACCAAUAUAAAAGUCUCCAUGAUCCACAUUUAAGAGCAUACUAUAAGCGCAAAGAUAUCCUGAGGAGAUUAAAGAAAGGUGGCUACAUCACCAGCAAUAAUAAAAUUGUAUGUAACUUGAGGGAAUUGAAUAAGUACAGAGAAUAUCUUACCAGUUUAAAAUUAGACUUUGAAAGAAACUAUAUAAGAGAACAAAAAAUGCUCGCAAAACAAGUAAAUAAACUACAUGAAAACAAACAAAUACCUGGACAUUCUGAUGUUGCACAGUUCCAAAACUGGUUGUUACAGGAGGGCACUCAAUCUAUUAAGGACCAGGAACGAUUAAUAAGGCACAGAUAUUUGGAUAUGAUAAGUAGGGAAUUAGAACAACGUGAGCGCAACGCGGAAGAGCAACACCUACUCCAGAUGGACAGAGAAGAAAGACGACAGCGGGAAGACACAAGAAGAAAACUAAGUCUUCGCAGAAAAAUUGAAGAGGAGUGGAAGACAAAAGAGAUGUUACUUCUGACAAAGAUUGGAGAAGAUGUUAAAAGAGAAGCUAGGAUAGAGGAACAACGACGUAGAAGCAGAGAAGAGAGUGACAAGAAGAAACAAGCCUUUCUAGAGAAAAGAAUGGCUUAUCAUUUACAAAAAAUGCAAGAAAAUGGCUUUAAAAGAGAAGAGAUGGGAAAAAAUACAUUUGAUUACAGAGAACAAGACAGAACACCUAAUCCUUCUCUAAAGAAGAAAAAGAAGAUUUAUGAUGAUAUAAAAUUAAUUUAUCCUGUUGGUGACCAGAAAGCAAAUAAAGGAGUACAUGACCCUGCAGCAAAUGCUAUUCAUCUGUCUCUAGGUGGUUCAAAGAAUGUUGUCAAAAAAUCAGCAGCUCCAGUUUUUCAGUCAGAUGUAUAUGAUAAUGGUACUGAACAAAAGAAGGAUGGAGUGAUAACUAAAAAAUCAAGUACUUACAAUGAUAGAGGAGCUAUGAACACCUCAGCUCAAGAUUCAGUUCUUUCACCUUCAACUUCACCCACAAGAAAUUUUCCCAGAUGCUCACAUUCUUCUAUAUGUCAUACAAAAGAUGAGAAGGAGAUACAUAAUGACUGCGGUGAAAGACAAAACAAGAAAUCAAACUACCUCCAUCAAUCAGCACGUCAGGCUCCUGCCACAGCCCAGGGUAUUUUCCCUGCUCGUGUUUUCUCAAAUCCACAACAAAAUCUUCUACAAAAUUGCUUGCAAGAAAAAGUAACUUCUGAAGAACUGAAUAAUAUAAUUCAGAAUAUAAUGACCUGGGUUGUGGCUACGGUAACCAGUAUAUUAUACCCAGCCAUCACAAAGUAUGAAGAAAGGUUACAAAAUAAUGCACACCCGGUGUCUGAUGACUCUGUCCUCUCUUCGGAUAGUUCAAGUUUCUGUAGCACAUGCAGUGAAGAGUUUACAUAUGGAAGUUACACAUCUGCAACAACUAAAACAUUUCAGGGAGAGCCAUGUGCAUUUGCAGUUGACAUAUCAGUAAGGCAACCACCCACACAUUUAAAACCACCUUCCGCCCAUGUGGAAAGAGCAGUUGAAAAACCGCAUCACAAGAAAGAACAAAUUAUAACAUCUAAACUCAAAUAUGAUAAAACCGACAUGAUAUAUGCAUACCCUAAGCUCAGAAGUUGUAAAUCUGAUAGUCACCUUUUAGCAUCGCUUGAAACAAGCACAAAAAAAUCUAAGGAUGCUACCACCGAAACAGAAAGCUUAGAGAGUCCACAGUUUUCUAAUCAAAAAGAAAAAGCCAGGAGUGAAAUGAAGAAUUUAAAGAAGAUUUUUGUUAACUUUAAAUGUCACUUAAAAGGGGAAACUGAAUUGAUUUUAGAAAGAAUUUUUCAAGAAAUAAUGUCUGAUUUAACACAGGCCAUUCCCUCUAUCUCUUCUGUCACUGCUGAAGUUUUUCUUGACCAAAAUGAGCCUGAAAAAAGAGACUUGCUCUCCAAUGUCGAUAUCUCCUCAGUAGCUUCAGAGAUAGUGGAAAAUAUGCUUGAGAAGCUACAUUCUGCAGUUGAAAAAAAAUGUGUUGAAAUGUUUUCACAAGAAGAUUUGUUAGUCGAUACAAAACCAAGUUUAACACCCAAGGGAGAAUAUCUCACUCCAUCAACUGGAAAAACUUUAAAAGCUUCAAUUCCUUAUACUAUGGGACCCAUGUGUGAUAUUGCAGAGGAUAUGGUGCAUGCCAUUUUACAAAAGCUGAUGACUCUUGCAUCUUGUAAGCAAGAUGAACUUCCUCAUCUCGAAGAGGCAACUAAACAUUCCUAUCAGCACCAUAUGACAGACCCAACAUAUACAUUCCUUAAAGAAGCUGACAAAAAGAAAUGUAAUCUUGAACCCGAUGAAACUAAUUUAGCUGUUAAAGAAGAAAUACAAAAACUAAUAUCAAAUAUUUUUUCCCAGUCUACUUUGGUUGGUUAUAUAGAGGAAGCAAUCAGCACUAUACUAGGAUAUGUACAAACUGAACUUAAUAAUGAGAGACUUAUUGCAUCUGAAGAAACAGUAGCAUUCCUUCAGCUACUUGAUGAUAUCUUCACUCAGCUACAUCAAGAGCCAGUAAAAGCAGAUGUUAAAAAAUGUAGACACUCUAAACCGAGAAAUCUUUCUGAUACUGAAGAAAAGUACAGACUAACUGGUACUAAAUUAUCUAGUGGUCCAAGGUCUAGAAAACCAUUUUCACCUAUUAAUGUUCCUGGUAUGGUCCUUUAUUCUGAAGAUGAUAAUGAAGAAAUAGAUAAAAUUGUGAAAAAUGUACUUGAUUCAUCUUUUAAAGAUGAAAAGGUAAAAUCACAAGAACAGAAUCCUGAGCAUUGGUUUACAAAAGGAAACACUUGUUUUGAAUCCGGAAGAAGUAGCAAACCACCUAUAAAGCCUCCUUCUCAAAGAAGCAAAGUUGCAUUUUGUGAUAAGGAAUUAAAGACUGAGUUACCAUCUUUAGAUAAUAAAGAAAUUUUAAAGAAAAACCCCUGUUUGGAUAAAGACAUUUUAAUUUUCAGCCAAGACCAAAAGCAUAAAAUACAAAAGGCUUCAGAAAACAUAGUUAAAAGUAUUUUAAUAGAAAUGCUCAAGGACCUAACUUCUGUUCCUCCUGGUCAUUUAGGUCAUAAAACUGGCAAAGAAGCUUCAGUUCUUGUUUCAGAAAAACCUCAAGGACUGUCACCUCAAGAAUGGAUGGACCAGAUGUUCUCUGUCUCAGAAAUUAAUACAGUGGCUCAAGAAAUAAUGGAUGCCGUGUUAAAUAUACUUCAUAAGUCAUCAAGCUGCAUUCCCAAUACCAGCAAAAGUUCCACUUCAUCAGUUUAUCAAACUUCUCUCGAUAGUUCUGAUACUCCCCACAUGGUCAAAGAAGCAUCAAUUAAAGAGCCAUUAAAAAUAUGGUUUGACAGUGAAAGGAAAGUGAAAUAUUUAUCUUCACUCAACUUAGACCCUGCAAAACCUUCCCUGCUAAAAUCUGAAGAAAGUAAACCUAAACCUAUAGAUGACAUUACUGAUAAGAUCAUUAAUACGGUUUUUAAAAGGCUGAAAUUACUCAUUUAUCCAAAAUUGCAAAUUGGCUUCAAACCUUCACCUGCAGAGCAAUCUUCGCUACAAUCUCAACUUAGUGCUUAUACAACAAAAGUAGUAAACAUUGUUUUGAGUGCUAUCCAGAAUGAAUUGGAACUCAAUAAGAAAGACCUAAACUUUUGGGGAGAAGACCACACUAAAUCCCUCAAAGGUAAAGGAUUUUUUGCUGACACUGAUAAAUUGGAAUCACUUGUCUCAAGUCUCAAUGAUGACAUCAUGACAUCUCCAUUAUUAACUUAUAUUUGUGAAAUGUUGUCAAGUGGACAUUCAGAUCAAAGCAGUAUUUUACUCCCUUCAGAUAAAUCAAGGCCUACAACUUAUCGAUCUGACAAUAUUGAAAAACAAAACACUUUGCCAAGUAGGCAGGAUAAAAAAUCUUUUCAUGACGAUUUGUCUACUCCAUGUGCUCUCCAUAGUGUCUUUAAAGGAAAAGAUCUCAAAGAGAAUAUCAGAUUGCAAGCACUAGAUAGUAUUGGAGAAACACUGUAUGAAAUGUUAUGUAAGCUCAUAGGAGCUCAUUCUGACUGUAAUCCAUCUUGUAGUAAGCUAAACAGAGAGAAGAUGAAUGAGACUAAGCAAAGAGCUACUGAAUUACAUUCUAAUAUUCAGCUCGUUUCCAAAACAAUUUUGGAAUAUAUACUUGCAAAAUUAUGUAGUAUUGACAUGGAUACCAGUUUUGCAAGUUCUGGAAAUAAAGAUGUCUCGGAGCCUCUUGAUAUUGACAACCUAUCAUUUGCUUCGAUUAUUGAGGAAAUGGCCAAAUGCACUGACAUAAUCUCCAGCAUAGUUUCCAGGAUGAUGGUUCAGGAUGGUAAUAAAGCGGCAAGUAAAAGCAAGGCAAUAAUUUCUGCUCCUGUGUCUGCAAACACAGGGAACACAAAAGAAAUACAUUUAGAUAAACUGAAAUCUGUAGCUUCAGAUAUUCUUAAUGUAGUUUUUGCUAAAUUGGAAGGAUUUGCCAAUGGAAAUUUAGAAACUCUGGAUUCUAUUACUGAUGGAAAUAAAAAAAGCAAUAAGAUGGAUGUAAAAUGUGAAAGUUCCAGUGUUUUUACAGACACACAUGAAGAACUAUUACAGUCUACUUUAUACAUGCAUGCAAAGAAGGUAGCAAAUACUAUUUUGAAAGCUAUUCAAACAGAAUUAAAUAUGAACUCAUUAGAUUUGUGUACAAAUAUAAAAACCCCAUCAUCUGAGAAACGAGUGCUUAAGAAUAUAGUCAAUUUAAUUUUAGAUGCAGUAUCCUUAGAUAUGUUUAAUGAAACUGAAUCUGAAGAGAGAGGUAUUGAAGCUUAUCGAUACAGGCCAACCUAUGGAAAUUUUCUUCCUGGAGGAGCUGAAUCAGAUUCAUUUCUAGAAGAUGCUGCACAUACAGAGAAAGAAUUCACUGGAGAGAGAACAUCGCUAAGAGAAGAAACUAAAUCAGAUUCUCUUAAACAAUGGGUUCUAGAAAGAACCUUAAACAAAAUUGAAGUGAAACUCAAAGAACCACAGAAAUCUCCAAUUGUUCCUAUUAUAAGAAAUAUUUUGAAUGAAAUUUUCCAAGGUGCUUUGGUCAAUCAAUUAAAUGUGCUUUCUCUCUCUCACUCUCAUUUAAGUGGCAUCCCUCACAACGCUGAUGAUCCAAUUGCUCAAACAUCUAUUCAAUUUAUAGAUAAAAUGAUGGGUCCUUUGGUGUCUGAAGCAGAUGUAACCACAGUGGCAAAUGAUGUUAUUAGAACUGUAUUUCAUAAACUUUAUUUAGCUGCCAUGACAGAGGGUAAUGCAAGUAAAAACAGGUAUAAAACCAUCACCUUUUCAGCAAAUGUUUCUUUUCAUGAACACACUUAUGGAGAAAAGUCCUCUGUUACUGUGCUGGACAAGAAUCCAUGUACUACUGUUCAGUCCAGAUUCAAUGUUAAUCAACAGGUCAAAGUAAAUGUAAUUGAAGAUAUUGUACAGGCAAUAUUAACAAAUCUAGAAACUUUUGCUACCUACAAAGUAAAAUCCCUUUUUUGUCACCAAAUCAAUUUCACAGUCCCAGGGACUUUAGCCAAUGAUUUGUAUUCUGAUGAUCAACUUUCUAGCUGCUCAGUGGAUCAUAUUGCAUCAGAAAAGUCCAGCUCAUCUCAACUCUCUUUAAAUAAAUUAAAUACGUAUGCAACAGAAGUGGCCAGAAAAAUUUUACAAAGAAUCAAACACGAGUUAGACAAAGAAAGGGAAAGUCCUUUCCUAACUCAUAACAUUGUGGUUCCUGAAGGUAUUGCAAGCCAAAUUGUUAACACAGUGUUAGAUAUUGUAUCAUCUAAAGGCAAAUAUGACAAAAACAAUUCUGACAAAGCGAUUAAUUCAGAUCGGCAAGAAGGUAUUAUUGAAAAGAUGUUUAAUAAGAAUGAAUACCGAAAAGUACUUCAGUUUCAAAUACAAGAUACCAUUGAAGAUAUUUUAUGUGAUAUUUAUGAAAAAAUACUGUAUCAAAAUAAUCUUCCAUUUGCCACACCCACUCUAAAAUGCAACAUAGCUAGCAAACAUUCUAGAGCAAAUUCUGAAAUGUACACUGAGGGUGCACAUAAGAUUAUUCCAAAACCUUUGGUUCCUAAAUCAGAUGUCAUUUUGAUAUCCAGUGAUUUAGUGGAUAUUGUUCUUCAUAAUCUCAGUUCUGCUGUUAUGCUUGGCAUAAAUGCAGAAGAUCCUACUUCAGCACAAUUGCCCAUUACCUUUUGUGAUAUGUUGCCACAAACAGAGUGUCAACAGCCUCCUUUUAUGGGGUCAAAAAGUGAAAGAAGAACAGAGUGUUUUUCAUCUUCAAAUCUGAAAUCAGUUUAUGCUGAUGAUAGUCCAAUAACUGUAGAAGAGAAAGAAGACACCAAGAAACCUGUUCCUGAUCCAUUUGAGGAAAAUGCUAACUUCAUUACUAACAGUAUUUUUAACCGAUUAGAAUCUUUUGCCACAGAAAGAAUAGAUUCAUUAAUCGCUCUAGAUUUCCAGCCUAAAGAAAAGUCAUUUGUUAGCCCAGAACUGGAAAAUCAUAAACAAGAUGACAGCAUCUUUCAUGAAUCAAGCCAAAUGGAAUCAAAUGUGGAUGUCCUGAAAGUAUCAACUGAAAAUAUUCCCAGCCAAGAGUUCGCAGAUUCCACUUUUUCCAGUUACAGAGAAGAAUUUGGACCCACAAUUCAUCUACCACAAACUAGUCUUAAGGAAUAUGCUGACAUCAUUGCCAGUGUCAUUUUGAAGCUUAUUAAAAAUGACUUGGACCUAGAAAUCCAAAAGGUGUGUCCAUAUCCAAACAAUAUUUUAUUCCAAGAAAACAUCAUUGUGAGUGAAAUUGUUAACAGUAUCUUAAAGAUUUUAUAUAAUAAAAUACCUGUAAAGAAAAUCAGUUUUUACUCAAAAGACAAUCCUAACUUAUUUGCACAACUAACUGUAUCAAAUGAAAUAUUGCUGGGACAAACAGAGCAGGAAGAAAAUAUCAAACUAUCUCUGUUUUCAAAGAAUCCAUUAGAACAAAAUCAAAUGGCAGCAAAAAAGGAAAGCCAGAGGAUUGUUUUGGAAGAAAUAUUUAUGAGAAAUGGAGAAUCAAAACAAAAAGAAAAAACUGCAUUGCUUGGUGCAGUAGAAGAAGUUUUAAAUAAAUUAUAUCAAAGAAUAAUGGAAAUCAGAGGCCAUUUGCCUUCAUUUAAUGAAAUCCCUUCCUUUAUAUCUAAUUCUAAAAUCAAAACAUCAGAUGUGACACAGUCACAUAUUAACAGUGUAGCAAAUGACAUAGUUGAAAGGGUUUUGGAGAAAAUGUACUCUGUAGUUGUGACAUCAUUAUGGAAAAGUAAUAAAAAAGAAGCAUCUGACAACAAUGAUACUUUACCCAAGAAACCAUCGUGUGCCAGAGAAACUAAUCAAGAAGGAAAAGGAGGUGAAUCCCCUAGAUUUGUGAUGCCACACGUUUAUCCUUAUGCAGGCAAGCAAAAUGCCUCUCUUUUGGAAAAUAGUUUCAUGCAAUAUUCACCACUGCAAGUAGGGGAGGAUUUAGUCCAAAUAGCGCUCAAUAAGAUCACAAAUUUUGCCUCAUUACAACCUCUAAGGCUACACAGUUUUAAAGUGAGCCCUAAGGGAAGCCCUCAGCCAGGUUUAAAAACAAGUUUAAAAGCAAGAUCAAAAGUUACUCCUUUGCCUAAAUUUAGAACAAAACUACACCUCGGACCUAGUGGUGCUAAGGCCAAAAGCAAGACCAAGUUAGGUACUGGAGAGAAGACUCUUAAAGACAGGCGGUCUAAGACUGCCAUUGGGCUGCCACAAAUCCUGUCAACAGGAGAUGCCAAAAGCUUACUGGAAAUGAAAUUUCCCAUUUCAGAAAUGAAUUUGUGUGCCAAGGAUAUAAUCAUCAAUAUCCUGGAAACAAUUGUGAAAGAAUUUGAAAAGGUGAAGCAAACUAGAGAAAUGGUAAAUGCGAAAGAUUUACCAUCCAAUCAAGUCAAGAUAGCAAAUAAUAUAGUUGCUACAGUUUUGCAAGGAUUAUAUGCUACAAACAAGCACAAUUUGGUUAAUCCAAUCAAAUUCUCAUAUUUGGAUGAUCUCAAACUUUCACAGGGGAAUACAGGUACAGGUUCUCUUGCCAAAACACAAGCAUGUUUUUAUUUGGAAAAUGUUUCUUCACAGCUAGAACAGAUUUUUCCUAAAGACAGUAUAUUUAAAAAAAUGUUUGACAAAUGGCAAACAGAAUCAAAUGACAUGGAAAGUGAAAAAUGUAAGCUACUGAUGAUAGCUGAAAAUGUUUUGACUGAAAUUUCAAUAAAAGCAAAACAAUUAGAAUAUUCUCUUUCACUUUUAAAUUUGCCACAUCUUAAGGAUCGUGAAAGCAGGUUCCAUAGUCGUGUUAAAGGAACUUCUAGAGCUGAAGAUACCAAAGCACAAAUUAAUAUGUUUGGAACAGAAAUUGUUGAAAUGCUAUUUGAAAAAUUACAGCUGUGCUUUCUGUCUCAGAUGUCCACUCCAGACAGUAAAGAAACUCUAGCAAGUAGGAAAGAACAUAUUACUACUAAAAGUAAAUAUGGUUUUCCAAUCAAGGACAUCCUCAGUAGUGUGCCAAUCUAUAACAUGAAGACAAAAGACCAAAUUUCUUUGAGCUCCAGCAAGCAAAUUGUUCGAGAAAUUAUAGAAAGGGUUUUAAACAUGUUAGAGUCAUUUGUAGACUUGCAGUUUAAACAUAUCUCUAAAUAUGAGUUUUCUGAAAUAGUGAAAAUGCCUAUAGAAAAUCUUUUUCCUGUUCAACAGAGACUAUUAAGCAAAAAGAUGUUGCCAAAAUUACAACCACUGAAAAAGUUUUCUGAUGAAUCCAAGUCACGUACUAUUAUUUCCAAGGAAAAUGCACAAAAUACUCUUCUACAGGUCCAUUCAUUCCAUUCAGAAUUAUUUACAUAUGCUGUUAAUAUCAUCAGUGACAUGCUUGGUAUAAUUAAGAACAAGCUAGAUAAAGAAAUAAGCCAAGUAGAAACAUCUUCAAUUAGCGUAUCGAAUGAGAACAUUGUAGCAAGUGAGAUCAUUGGCACACUGAUAGACCAGUGUACUUAUUUCAAUGAGUCUCUGAUCAAAAACCUUCCAAUGGAAAGUUUGUUCCAAGGAGUUGAAAACACGUACAUCGUUAAUCAGGUUGAAAUAGCAACUAAUAUGAAAAUGCACAUGUCAAAGUUAAAGGAAGUUAGUCUUGGGAAUAAUCGUCCACAAAUAAGUGUACCUGGUUUGGUGUUUUAUUCUGAGGAGGAUAUGAAAAAUAAGUACAGAGCUUCAUCAAAUGUAUCCCCAUAUGCCACAGCCUCUGUAGAAAACACAAUUAAAAGCACAGAGCCAAUGGAAAGGCCUGAUUCAGAAAAUAUAUCAUUAUGUUCUAUAAACAAAGUACAAGACUACAGCCUAAGGGAAUCUGAUUCUGGUCAUUUUGAUCAAACCAUGAAAGGAAAUAGCUCCCUUCCUGAAGGCAGUGUCUUACAAAAACUGUUUAAGAAAGCAAAUGAAUCUACAGAAGCAGCCUUAAAGCAAGUCAUGUCAUUCAUAGAAAUGGGAAAAGGUGAAAAUCCAAGAGUGCUUCAUUAUGAGAUCCCAAAACCAGUUGUUGAGCCAAACCAAACUCAUACAACUGUUUCUCCACUCAAAAUAUGUUUAGCUGCAGAAAAUAUUGUCAAUACUGUGUUGUCAAGUUAUGGUUUUCCAAGUCAAACACACAUUAAUGAAAGCAUAGAAACAAUGAAACCAUUUUUCAUAUCAAAGCAAAACCCUGAAGAACAAAAGAAUGAGGAGAUAAGUUUGCUUAGAAUGUGGAAUAAAAGAAUCAGCUGUAUACCUGAAGAUGAAGAAAAAAAUCUUGAAGCCAGCAAGGGAGAUUUUUCUUUAUUGCAAAAAUGGGAAAAUAGGAGGUACCCAAAGAUAAAGACUCUGAAGGAAUUUGAAGUCAUUGUUUUUGCUGAUCAUGAACUGGGUCCAAAUGAAAUUAACUUGGUAGCAAGACAUGUAACCACAUCUGUGGUCACAUACUUCAAGAACUUCAAAACUAGGGUUUCCAGUGAGAAGGUGUCUAUUGUUUCAACACUGUCAAAGAAAAAAUAUGAAUUAAAACAGCCUCUAAGAAGCAUUUACAAUGAUUCUUCACUUUAUCAAUUUUGUGAACAUCUCACUGAGUCUGUCAUUUGCCAUUUAACUAGAAGCAUUUCUGAUAGCACCAAAGAUGGUAGAGAAAAGGAGAAAGCAUGGGGAAGCCAAAAUGGAGCAUUUAACAAAAUUAUUUCAAUUGAUUCUCAAGUGUUUGAGAACAGGUCAAUUUCUAUUGGAGGACUUGCUUUAAGUAUUUCUGAAAUCAUUACUGAGAUCCUUUUUAAUAGUAACAUUAUAGAGACUGACAUCACACAGCAAAUGUUUUCUUUAAAAACAAAGUACAUUUACUGCCCAGAAGUAGCUGCUGCUGACUUUGAUAAUCUCUUUCAGGAUCUCUUAAUAGGAGUAAUUCAAGUACUAUCAAAUGAAAUAGGAAUAACUCAUCACCUUGAAAGUAAUGGAAGAAAUAAAUCAUUUUCCAUGCUUAAAAGCAAUAGUGUGUCCAUCUGCAACAAAACAAAUACAAUGGAAAGACAGAUAGAUGGUAGAGAUUUGGAGUCAUCUACUCAUCAAACUGAUCAUCUCAUUCAAAAAAAUAAAUUAAAUUAUCUGGCACAGAAGUUAGACCAUCUGGUUGGUAGCCUAAAAACUCGUGAAUCCAAAGAAGUAGUUAAUAAAGUUUUUAAUAUUGUUUUAGAUUUAUUUUUACCAGAUGAGUACCCAGGUGAGGCUAUGCAUUCUGAUAAAAAAGCAAGAACAUUUUUCUCAUCCUCGAACGAUCAGCAAAAUAAUAGCAUAAUUGGAAAUAAUUUAGGGCUCACUCCAAAGUCGGUUUUUCUUCUCAAUGUUGUGUGUGAGAAACUUAUUAGAACACUUUUGGAAAAAUGCACAAACACUGUCUUCCUUGAUAAUGGCCCUCCUUCUGAUGAAAUAUCAGCGGAAGAAUGUCCACUUCUAAAUAUACUUCAAAGUGUAGAAGAUGAAGAAUUUGAUUAUUGUAAGGGAGCAAUGGACUGUGAACAAUUUCAAGGAGAUUAUAUGUCAAAUCUUUUGGAAAAUCUGGCAGAAAUGGAUCAAGAUUUAUUGUCAUCUGACACCAUGCUUAAUGUUAUCUCCCACAGCUUGGUUAAAUCAUUGAUGGACAAACUAUGUCACAGUAUGCAAGUCCCGCAAAGUCCACCUUUUGUAAACAAAUAUUUAAAGUAUAGAACAAGAGACAUACCAUCUAGUUUCAUAAAAGCAAAAAAGCCAGAAUUAGCAGAAUUAGGACAAGGUAAACGUUCUUUAGGAUUCAUGAGUUAUGACAGUACUGUUUUGACAAGAUCCCUGAAUAAUCCCAGUGUGGUUAACUCUAAAAUACAAGCACCAUUUGGCAAGAAGUGUUCAGCAAAUUCCUCUUCUGUGUCACCCCUUAAAAGACAAGGAACAAAAGAUAUGGACAUAAUCACUAUCCAUAAUAAGCCUUAUACAGGGGAUAUAAAUACAGGUGUUUAUUCAGCCACAUUUCUGGAGGAAAUAAUUUCAGAACUGUUUUUUAAUCUCUCUACUUCACUGUUGAGAAAAAAUGAAAACAUUACUGAAGGCCAACUUAAUGAGAAGAAUAUAUUAUUUGUCAACAAUGUAGUGAAUGAGUUUAAUAACGCGCAAAUCACUGUUUUACGGAAUGCUGAAGAAAGGCUGUGUUUUCCACCAGUCCAUAGAGAGACUGUUAGUAGGAUUGCUGACUCUGUUUAUUAUGAUGUUUUUCAGAAAUAUAAAUUAAAAGUGACUGGCGGAGCUAAUCUGGCAUGCGAUAAUACCUCAAUAACAGAACAAAUAACUAACGGCAUAUUGUUAGAAAUUUUAGACUAUCAGCUCCCACCUGGCUUCAGGGAAAAGCUCAUGCCUAAUUCAUAUUACCCUCUCAAAGCUGAAAAUAUACUGCAAAAACUUCAAAAUAACCUGAGAGAAUUUACUUCCAAAUCCAGGUCUCUAACAGGCUAUAGCACCAUGUUUUCACACUCAUUUUUAGAAGAUGUCAUCAAAAGACUUCUAUCUCAACUCAUUUCUCCAUCUAGUAAGGCUUCCUCUUUGGGAAAAAAAUAUUUCAAGAGUUCAGAUUUUAAUGAAGUGUCUACCUGUAUAAUAAGUAAGGUUAUAUCAGCCAUUUCAAAACAUAAAAUAUGGUUCACUAUAUAUGAUAAUCAACAUCUAUGUACAGGAAAAAACCUACAGAAGAUGGUGGAUUCUGUUUACAGUAAUAUUGUGCAAAAGUCUGGCUCUCUUGUUUCAAUACAGAAAAGUAUAGCCAGCCGAAACCCAAUUAUGGUUGACCGAAUAGCCAGUUUUAUUAUCGAAGAGAUUAUUGAAAAUCAUCUUCAACCAUUUUUGUGUAAAGAAGGUUUGCCUCGUCCAAAUACUCCAUUGGAUGAAAUAUCAAACAUGGUAAAACAGGUUCUCAGUGAAGUCAUAGAGUCAAACAGACCCGGAACACCAUCACCCUUAGGGAUUUACCCUGAUAAAUUUGUAGGAGAAGUUGUUACCAGACUUUUAUCGAAGAUUUUCAGUCCAAAGCAUAACACUGAAACUGAGCUGGAAAACAUGACACAAAAAAUAGUAAACUCAAUAAAUAACCAUUUUGACAAAGCUAAAAUUCACAUUCCAUGUGAUGACAAAGAGCAGUCUUACCCCUUUUUAGAUACAGACAUUGUGGAUGAACUCGUCACCUCAGUUUAUAGAAAUGUUUUAAAACAGCAUGGGCUAGACCCUGAGGUUGAUAAAGAGUCUGAAGAUAGUGAAAUUUUUGUGGAAAAUAUUACCAAUUUAAUUGUAGCGGCUAUUUCAGAUUACCUUCUUCAUCCCCUGUUUUCUGGAGACUUGUCAUCUUCUUCCUAUUCUAUUUCCACAGCCGAGAAUAUUGUUCAGGACAUUAUUAGUAACAUCAGUAAAUCUGGCAAGACGAGUCAGAGCUUAUCGCCUUAUAACACCUUGUUGCCAUAUGCAUUUUUAGAAGACAUGAUCAGAGUACUAUUGUCUAGAAUCUUUCCUUCUGCAUCUAACAAUGUUGCAGACAGAGAAACUCCAAAAGAUAGAUCAAGAGUGAAUUUCAAUGAAAUUGCUUCAAAUAUAAUCACUGACAUUAGGAGGAAAAUUUCUCAACAUGAAAUUCUAUUUUCAAAAUAUGAAGAAGAAACCAAGUUUGUUUAUUCAGAAGAUGAUGUUCAGCAUCUCGUUGACUCAGUAUUCAAAAAUAUUUCACAAAACUCUGAGUCUCAAGAAUCAGUUGAGCAAAAUAUCACAAGCAGUAAUGAUGUUCUUAUUGAUAGAAUAGCAGGAUUUAUCAUUAAACAUAUCUGUAAACAACAUCUUCAGCCAUUCGUGGAUGGAAAGCCACUGCCUUCUUCAUCAAACACAUAUCUCGACAGUGAGAGAAGGCAGUGGUUUUAUGCCAGUGUUUAUUCCUCAACUUUUUUGGAAGAUGUGGUCUCUGGGGUUUUAAGCAAAAUAUUCCACAGAGUGUUAGGCAUUGUACAAACGAAAUCAGUAACAGAUUCAGAAGAUGAACUGUCUGAUAAAGCUGAAAAACUCAUACAUCUCAUCGCAGAAGAAUUCUCAAAAGCCCAAGUUACCAUUCUAGAAAAUGCUGAGGAACAACUGUGUUUGCCUCCAGUGGAGAGAGAUGUAGUGAAAAACAUUAUUGACAUAGUGUACAGCAAUUUUUUGCAAGAAUAUGAAAUGGUAAUAAUGCCCAAUACUGAUUUUCUAAAUGAUACAAAGACAUUGGCUGCAAGGAUAACUAAAAUUAUCCUGGUCCAAAUUUUCGAUUUCCAAAUUCAUCCAAAUCUUAUAGAAAAGCUUCCUUUUAAGUCACACUCCAAACUAAAUACUAAUGUUUUGGUAAAGAGAGUUCAAUGUGACAUUACUAAAUCAAGACUCCGAAGACAGGCAUCAACAAUAUAUACUACUAUGUUAUCACAUGCCCAUUUGGAAAAGAUUGUCACUCAGCUUAUAUCUCAGAUGAAUCCUCUGGCAUCCAGUGCAGAACACCCAGAUAUUUCUCAAUCAGACUUAAGUAAUACAGUUAUAAAACUGAUAAAUGAAAUCAUGUCGAUAAUUUCAAAACAUGCAAUAUGUAUUAUUAAACACGGCAAUGAAAAACAAAGUAUGAUUUCAGAGAAAGAUAUCCAGUCUAUGGUUGAUUCCAUUUAUGCUGAUCUUUCAUAUUCAAAUCUAUACCAGUCUCUUACGAAAGAUAAAAAGGGUAUAAGUAACAUACCUGUAUCAAAAAUAGCAAGUUUUAUAAUAAAAGAAAUAUUUAACCAUCACCUUCAGUCAUUUUUAUCUGGAGAUAAAACUUUCCCUUCAGCUGCAGUCGAUCAAAAUUUUAAACAGAAACCAAUAGAUACUAAACAAAGAGAGCUGUCUUUCAUUGUAAACUCAGCUGUCUUUUUGGAGGAAGUAAUUUCUAAGCUUUUAUGCAAACUCCUUUAUGCAUUCUCAAAUAAUGCCUUGGCUGCCGAAAACCCAGAUACAGUAAAAGCCAAAAUUACUGACAUACUUACAACAUUAGUAAAAUCAAUUGUUCUGGAGUUCACCACAUCAGAGAUUUUAGUUGCAGAUUACAUUGAUGAUGAUAUGUGUUUUUCAGAAGGAUAUAAAGAAAUGGUUCAAAAAACAGUCAACUUAAUUUAUGAAAAAAUAUUAGAUGAAUAUCAAUCUCUGAUUCAAGUUUACAGAGCUAUACAAAGUGACCCAAUUUGUUUUGGAAGGAAAAUAUAUCAUUUGCUUUUGGAAGAAAUUUACGAUUAUCAGGUACAAUCAUUAGUUGCAGGAGAAUUAGUGUCUUCUUCUUAUUCUUCCCUUCAAGCUGAUAAUAUCAUCAGAAAUGUGCUCAGUGUCAUCAUGAAGGAUAGUCACACCUUGCCAUCAUGUAUUACAGUGCUGCAUCGGUCUCUUUUAGAAGAUAUGAUUUACAAGCUGAUAGUGCAUAUCUUCCCUUCAACCGACACUAAAAGUGAACUAAAAGAAGAAGAGGUUACACCAGAUUAUGAGUUUGUGGAUGCAACUUCAAAACUGACUGAUGAAAUUAUCAAAGAAAUUUAUGAACAUGAAAUCCGUCUUGCCACAGCAGAGGAGAAUGCAGAAAGUGUGCAGUUAGAAGCAAUUGAGAAUUUGGUUGACACUAUAUGUAAUAAUAUUAUGAAAAGAUCUGAAUUUCAAGCUGAAGUGCAAAAACAGGCAGACAAAAAAGAAGGCUCAUUCCUCAGUAAAAUAGCUGGUUUCAUUAUGAAGGAAAUCAUGGACCAUCAUCUGCAGCCAUUUUUACGUGGUGAAGGAUCACCUUCCCAUGAUUAUGAUCACACAUCUGUACUUACCACACCUGAUAAAGAAAAGACACAGACGUCUCUAUACUCAGCUGCAUUUUUGGAAGAUGUAAUCGUUGACCUUGUUCGCAAAUUUUAUUCUCUUCCAAGUAGUACUAAAGAUUCUAAGAAAAAAGAAAUGCCAGAGACAGAUAUUAUGGGUUUGGCUAUAAAGUUUGCAGACUCUCUGAUUGGAGAAUUUAGGAAAAGUGAAAUUAAAGUUCUACCAAAUGCUGAAGAGAUGUUUUCAUUUCCACCAGUUGAUAAAGAAACAGUUGAUAAGAUAUCUAAUUUUGUAUAUGAUCAGUUCAUACGAAAGUGUGAGUCUACUGAAAUUCAGAAGGGUGAUAAAAGUAACAUUGUGAUAGAAACGAUUGCUGCUUUAGCCCAGAAGGCAAUUUCUGCUUUCAAGAUUCAACCACUUUUUUCAGGAGACUGGUCUUCCACCUUCUUUUCAUUUUUAAAUCCAGACAACAUCACCCAAAGAGUUCAACACCUACCACAGAAAACCUCUACAGAGAUAAACAGAUGUUUAAAAGAAAAUCAUCUCACUUUACCAGAACAAUCACAUAAACACGUAUCUCUAAUCUCAGACCAGAAAAAUUUGUCAAACACUUUAGAAAUAGAUGGAGGUAAAAUUAGUAGAAAGGAAAGUUUCCAAACUGGGGAGACAUCAAUUAAAAAUGGUGAUGUCCACGAUCUGGAAGUUACCUCUGUAACUAGCAUUAAACUGUUAUCAGGGUCAGCUAUAGGUACAGCAAAUGGAAAGAAAGAGAAUGAAAAUAAAAUGGGAAUUUCAAUUCAAAUGUAUAAAGGGAAUGUAUCAAAAGUUACUUAUCCAACUACUAGUGUGCAAAGUAAAGAUACUCAGAAGCCAGAUUUGAAGAUAACACUUAAAAACAAUGAAGUUGAGAAGAAAAGUAAAUCAGCUUCAAAAGUAGCUCCUGAUGAUACAGAAUAUGAAGAGGAGGAAAUACCUAGACCAGAUUUUGAAAUAAACAAUGAAAAGAAGAUUGACAAGACAAGAGAAAAUUCAUUUAAAAAAGAAGACAAGCUUGCUCCGUUAUCUUCUUUAACAUCCAAAGCAAGAAAUAUUGGGACCGCAACAAAGAAAACUGAGGAAAUAAUAACCCAAAAGCCAAACGUUAAGGAGAGAAAAGAUACUCCACCUCUAAUAAACAAGAAUCAGCAACAAUUCUCAGAUUAUGAAAGGGUUCAAAAUGUCACUGAAAAUAUUUAUGAUAAUAUCUUAGAAAUGAGCAUUCCUCAAGAAUCAUCACAUUAUUCAAAUUUCCCAAAUCCUUCAAGUGAUACAUUUCAUGUAGUUCAAGAGGUUGGUAAGGAUGUUGCACAGUCUUUUUCAACACAGGAUUUAUCUCUCUCGCUUAAUAAAAAUCUCUCUGUCAAAGAGAAGAAAGAAGAAAAAGAGAAAGAGAAAGGGAUUAAGGAGAUUAAAAACGAACCUAGUAAACAAGACAGUCCUCACUAUCCAUCAAAAAGUAAACCUGGAAUUUUUCCUGCUAAAUUUUUAGAAGAUGUUAUAACUGAAAUGGUUAACAAGUUGAUCUUUUCUACCAGGCCAGAAACACAAACGUGUGAUAGAUGUCAAAAUGUAAGUGAUAAUGAAAAUCACACUGAACUCUAUGACACAGCUAUGAAACUUAUUGAUUCACUGUUAAAAGAGUUUUCAGAGGCUCAAAUUAAGGUUUUUAGGCCAGAUAAGGAAAAUCAGUUUUUUCCACCUGUAGAUAAGGUGUCAUCAGUUUCUAAAGUAUCUCUCAGCCAUAAAGAAUUGACUGCAGAUGAAGCACCAUCUAGCAUUAAGAAAAUAACUGUGGAUAAAAUGACACAUAUUCACAAAGUGACUAAAAAACUCUCUCUAAAUAAGACACCUUUCUUAGAUAAAAUACCAGCGAUUGAUAAAACAUUAGUUAACAAAGUUGUGCACUCCUCUGUAUGCAGUAUUUUGAAAGAAUAUAGAUCUCAAGACUCCAUUUGUAAGAAUAUAAAGAGUAAUGGGGAAAAUUUAGCAAGAAGACUAACUAGUGCAGUGAUAAAUGAAAUUUUUCAACAUCAACUUAAUUUGAUAUAUUGUGAAGAGGUUCCAGCUUCCGCAUGUUUGCCUCUGGAAUCUAAGGAUGUUGUUAAAAAGAUUCAAAAGGUGGCUCAUACAUCCAGUAAAGAAUGUCAAACGUCAUCGCCAUAUAACAUCAUGCUGCCUCAUGAAUUUUUAGAGAGUGUGAUUUCUGCUCUGUUAUCUAAAAUUUUCUCAACAGUAACCAAAACCAAAACAGAAACAUCUGAGAGCAAUUGGCUUACAGAACUGGAUUUCCUUCAAAUGAAGUUACUAAGUACGGUCACCACAGAGAUCUCUAAAAAUGAAGAUAUGAUUAUUCAGUAUGUGGAAUCCUUGCAUCCCAAUGAUGAUGAAAUUAUUCAAUUAGUGGUUCAUUCUAUUUAUAAUAAUCUCUUGUUACAGUUUGGAUCACAAGAGAUUAUACAAAAUUGUGUAGCCAGUGGAUGCAGAAUCCUUUCAGAAACCAUAGUUGAUUUAGUUCUACGAGAAGUCAGUGGCAAUCAGUUGCAGAACUACUUUUCUGGAGAGCUAACUCCACAUCAGUGUGCAGAAGUUGACAGUGUUGUUGAAAAUAUUCUUAAAGAUGUUAUCCAAACUACCGAUGCUCCUCAGCCUCAACCAUCACAUGCUCAUAUGCUACCUUAUAACAUAAUAGAAGAAAUUGCUGUAAAAUUUUUAUCAAAGCUUUUAUUUACAUUUCCAAAAGUGGAUAAAGAAAAAACAAAAUCUCAGGAAACUGAAAUGCAAAAUAUAAUAUCAAAAAUAUUAAAUUCAAUACAAGAAUUUAUCUCCAAAAGUAAGAUUAAACUUACACCACCAGCCAAAGAGUUGCCUACUGUACCAUUAGCUGACAAUGAAACUAUUGAAAAAGUAGUCAAUUCUGUUUACAGCAGUGUUUUAAAGCAGUCUGGCUCACAUACAUCUAUAUUCAAAGAUUUAAUGGGUAAGAGCAAUGUACUCUCUGAUAUAAUAGGUUUUUUAAUGGUGAAGGAAAUUUCCAAUUCUGAAUUUCAACCUCAAGUAGAGGAAGAUGUAUCAAGUUCAGAAUUAGUUCUGGAAGCUGUCAAAAUUAUGGAAAAAGUGGUCAAAAUUGUUGAAGAAUUUAAAUCCCAGGAAAAGUCUUCAUCCAAAAGAGUUUCUUUGUUAGAUGCCACAUUUUUAGAGGAAGCAUUGGCUUUGUUCUUGGCUAAACUAGUAAGGUUGCCACAUUCAUCAAGCAAAGAUGCAAAAAUUUUAUCAAAGCCUGAGUUAAAGAAAAUUGCAUCUCAAUUGACAAAAUCUGUGACAGCUGAAAUAUCUAAAAGUAAUAUUAAUCUUGUUGCUGGUGAUCCUGAAGAACAGUUUUUAAAUCCAGAAAGCAUAGAAAUGGUUUCUCAGGUUAUUGACUCUGUUUACAGUAAUGUACUGCAACAAUCUGGAACCCAUAAAGACCUUUAUUAUGAUAUAAAAGAUACAAACAGAGUCUUCCCUAAAAAAGUGGCCAGUUUAAUUAUUAAUGGAGUUUCAAAUUUUCCAUUAGAUACAGAUGGCUCGAAGAUUUCAAAUACUUAUCUCUUUGGAGAUCUAGACAUUAAUAGAAUUGUUCAAAAGGCACAAGAGCAUGCUGUUAGAAUGAUCCCUGAAAUAGAGAAAGAAGAGUCAGACAAAGAUUCAAUUGGAGAGGAAAUGACAAUUAAAAUAGUUCCACAUGUUGGGAAUAAACCAAUCAAAAUAGACCCAGGCAUUGUUUCAGAACACUUAGCAGUAAUUUCCAUAAAAACUCAACCUCUUGAGAAACUUAAGAUGGAGUGUUUAAAAAAAACUGGACAUAGCAUAGCAGAAGUGAGAAGAGCAUCAAUAGAUGGGAGAAGUUAUUCUACAUUAGACACAUCUACUGUAAAAGAGACAAAGAAAGAAAGACGUACUUCAUUGAAUAGGACAGGACGACUGGAUAUAAAACCCUUAGAGGCUGUUUGCAGAAAUUCAUUUCAGAAUAUAAGAAAGCCUGAUAUCACCAAGGUGGAGCUUUUAAAAGAUGUUGAGAACAAAAAUGAUCUUAUCCUCCGAUUAGUAGCUCAUGAUAUUGAUUCACAAGAAGGACAAAUGUCUGAUGAAAAUGAAUUUGUUAUAAGAGAAGUUAUACAAGAAGAAUGUUUAGGAGAACAAUCUGAAGAUCAAGUGAAAGUAGCCACAAAGCCAAGAGAAAGCAAAGUUGGUUCUCCCAAGCCAACAGUAAGCACAAACAGCCUGAAAAAGUUUUUAUCAAUAAGUAAAUGUUGUCAGCCCACAUCCAGUACAAAUAUUGAAAGUAUUGAAGCAACCUCAAAUCACAUAAUAGAAUGUAAAGAGAGACAAGUUAAAAGAGCUGUUGCUGAGCUUCACAUGGCUGCUUGCUCAACAACCAAGGCUGUAACAGACUCAUCUUGGGAGAAAAAGCCACAGUAUAAGAAAGAAGAAAGAAAUCUUAUUACUGAACCAACACAUUACUUCAUACACAGAGUUAUGAGUUCAUCUUCAUACAACCAAGAAGAUCUGAUUUCAUCUGCCGGGUACAUGAAAUUAAAGCAAUAUACAAAAACUCCCAACCCCACCAUUUCCAAACAAGGAUCUAAAAUGCUGGCAAAGGUAUCUUCAGCUCUGUCAAAGGUGUUUUCUCGAAGUAACACAAGCAUUUCCAAAUCUUCAUCAUCACCUUACCAGGACAAGUACUGA